AUGUCAGGAAUUCGUUUUGAAGGUGAAACUGAUAGUCUGUCUAAACGACAACAAGAAUUUCUCUGUAGUGUUCUUCAAAAACGUGGUCAUACUGAUAGCAAAGUGCAUAUAGAAACUGUAGGUAAAGCCGGUGACAACUAUGUAGCUAAUGUGAAGAGAAUGACUGUUAAGGGAAAGGAUGGCAGUGCAUUCAAGAUUAUAGCUAAGAUAGCUCCAAUUCACGAAAUAGUACGUGCGCAAAUGCAACCGCAGUUAUUAUUCCGUAAUGAAGGCGCAAUGUAUAGUGAAAUUCUUCCAAGAUUAUUAGAACUGCAGGUAGCUGAAGGUGUUCCAGUAGAAGAUCGAUUACGAUACGCUGAGUGCUACGGUGUCUUAUUAGAGGAACCACAUGAAAUUAUACUUCUAGAAGAUCUUCUGGAAUCCGAUUUCAAAAUACUUGAUAGGUUUACAUCUCUUACAAAUGAAUGCAUAAGACUAAAUCUUAAAAAUUUAGCAAUUCUUCAUUCCUUAUCAAUGGUCUUGAAUAAACGUAACGCCGAUGAAUUCCAAGCCUUUAUUCCAAAACUUAUUGAUAGUUUCAAAAUUAUGGCUACAAUACCUGAAUUCAAAAUGUACCUAUCGGCUAUAGAAAAUGAAGCAAUUGAAGCUAUUGAUAAAAUAAACUAUAAAAAUGCCAUUCGCGGGACUUUGUCUAAAUUAACGGACUUCCAUGUUAAAACUACUAAAAACGAUGACAAACUAAAAUAUUCAGUUGUAAUACAAGGUGACGGCUGGACAAAUAACAUAAUGUUCAAAUUAAAGAAUGAAAUACCUGUUGAAGCCAUUAUGAUUGAUUACCAGAUGUCAAGAGUAUCUAAUCCAGUAUGCGAUCUCCUGUACAUGAUCUUCAACUGUACUGACUACGCCACCAGGCGCGCUCAUUACCUUGACUGGAUCGACUAUUAUCAUCUAGAGUUAGAGAAAUCAUUGUCUUACUUUGGUAUAAAAGCUGACUAUGUAUUUUCGAGAGAACAACUCGAUGCUGAUUUGAAGAGAUACUCAAAAUUAUUUUUUGCUAGUGCAGUAAUGUUGAGCGGUCUAUUAAUUAGAAAAUCAGAAGAUGCUGCUAAAGUGAAAGACGCCAUGCAAAGCGCAGAGGACAUCGAAACAGUUAUGGAAAGUUUUCAAAUGAAAGAUUUAGAUAAUGAUACUAUUUUACUAUUCAGGAAUAGAAUAAAAGGUUUAGUUGAUUCCUAUCGUGAGUUAGGUUACCUGUCAAAGUAG